UCUUGGAGUGGUCUCAUUCAGAUUUACAAGUACAUGAACAAGUGUUAAAAGCCACCUCAUUAAAAAUUACUUAAGCUAAAAGGAAUAAUUACUUAAAAAAAACCCAACCAAACCUCUUAUCAACCUGUUACUUAACGUUGCUCUCCAGCUUGAUAGGGAGUUACUUUAGAUCACCUGGUAAUUGGCGUAGUUUGCAAUCCAGUACUGCUGUGGCCUUCCAGCAGCUACCUACCAGUCCAGUUUUAGGUAGCUGACUUCCAAGAAGUUACCCAGAACAAAACGGUUGUUCCAGUGACAUCGUUGAAAGGGAAAGUCUUAUUCACAGAAUUUGUACUGAAGGAUUAUUUUUAUUCUGUCAAUCUCCAUUCAGGAUAUUAAGCUAAUUUCAGCCAUAGAUCUUAAUCUGUAAAUCAGAAGUGUCCACCGCUGUGUAGUUACUAGAACUACAGGAGACUGUAGUGCAUCUGUAGACAUCUUUUAAAGUUCAUAGUUUUUCAGUUAGAUCUAAGAGGUGUAUGUCAACCAAGCACAGUGCAGCGAGAGAGAUGUUAGGUGGGACUGGGGAGAACUGAGCCUCUUACAGUUCUGCUUUGGACAAGCUGAUUCUUAUUUCAGUGCCUCAGUUUUUCAGCCUCUAAAAUGAGGAGAGUAUCUCCUUUAAAAUUGUCUUGAACUUUUCAGAGAGGUGCGAGAGACGUAGGUAGUCUUGGAUGACUGUCCAGGCACAAAAUUGUGUUCCUACACCACUUAUCCUAAUGUUUUGAUCAGAUUCACUUCUCUUGGACAAAUGACAACAGAAAUUAUGGUAAAUUUAGACCAGAAAUUGAGGGAUUCUUGAUGUAUUUAUUGUUUUUCUGAGGAUUAUUUAGUAUGGCUUCAUUAGAAGGGGAUGGGAUGCAACUCCUGACUUUGUGACAUACAGAAAAUUUUCAAAUACAAAAUUUUGUUCUUUAGAGAAUGGUUAUCAUUGGCUGCAAAACACAGUGUGGAUGUGGAAUCCUGUAUGUAGUGCGUUCCUAGCACGUGUACCUCACUGGAGCACAUCCGGGAAAUGAGAUGGUUUUAGAUCAGCUGUAAAGGAAGGACUCCAGCAUUGUAAAUUUGCAGUUCAGAGGUGGUUUGCAUCACAUAUAAAAUGUACUGCAACAAGACUCCUGUCAUCUCCUCAGUCUUUUCUGCUACUGAGGGUCAUACUGAAAUGUUCCAGCUAUUUAUAGUAAUUAAUUUCACAGUUUCAACUUGUCUUCUGUUGAACAGGUCUGCUUUUUCGGUUAUUGACUGUCAGCUGCAUGCUGCCAAAAAUGUCUUUAAUCUUACUAGCAGGUGUAUAUCAAUUUCUCCAUAGCAUCCUUGACUGGUUCUGUUACUUAAGGACUAAAACAGUGCAGAUUAUUUUUGCUCUUUUUUCCUGUUUCUGAAACUUUCCUGAUUUAUAUUCUUCAAAAUUACGUCGUAAUAAGAAGUUAUGAUAUCAGUGACUUCUUUUGCUAAAGCUUAGUACUACUGAUGCUCUGCCCAAACAGAGCUUAAUCCACCAGCUUCUAUUGUUCUUGAAACUUUACUCCUAAGCCACAAAAAACAAUGUUGUAGAGAGACCCGGGAUACCAGUAGAGCCAUGAGCUAUUUAUUUCUGUGGGCCUAACACACUUAGGAAGUCUGUGUGUCUCUGUAGCCAUUUAAAGUUCAGUGUGAAAUCUGUCAAUGGAUUGGGUUGCAUGUUAAGCUGUUAUCAGAUAACCAGGAUAGCAGUCGGUGAUGCAGAGAUAGGAUGCAUACUAAUUUGGUGAAAAGAAGCAGUGACUUGAAGCAGAAGGUCAUUGUGUUAGAGGAGCAGUAUCUUUCUGUAUCUUUGAUAUGGUUUAGUGGCUUCAGCGGUCUGAAGGUCUUGAAGGCAUGAAGGUCUGAAGUGAAGACUUAUGCUAAUAUCUGUUAUUAUAGCAGAUAGUAGUCUCUCCUUCUUUGUCCCCCAAAUAUUAACACUUUUUCUGUUUUUCUUAAUUAACUGCCUUCACCUGAACAAACAUUGAACAUUGUGUUUGACUAUUUUGACUGUUUUCCAGUUAAACAGCCAAUGAAAACUAAGAGUUUGAGAUUCUUGUUUGUGUCUAUUUCUUCACUGAAAAAGAUCAGUGACACUAAAUUAGUAGUAAUUAAAGUGGCAUUAAUUAAGCAUAUCUGUUUCAAGUGAGUGAAUGUUAAAAGACAGCUGUCUUUGAAUUGUAUUACAGGCAGGACUGUUGAAAUAGCAGAUCUUUGAUAUGGCUGGCAGGUAUUUUUACAGCCUUCAUCUUAAACUAAAUUGUGUAUUUUUGUAUGGAAUUUCAAGUAAGGUAUUUCUGCAUUCAUGUUCAUCGUGAACUAUAAUGAUAGCGAUGUCUUAGACAAACAUGUCCCUGGUUAUUCCUUGAUUUUUUUGUAAUGCAAAAGAACAGUGCGAGAUUAAAUAAGUCUGGAAGUAUUUGAUAGAUGUGGUAUGCUGGUGUCCUUGGUGUUGGUGAUUUUACUGUCACAACUAUCCCAUUCUUAAUUAUGUUUCUGUGUUCACAUGGAAGAUAAGAUAAAACCUGACUCUGUUUUUUAAGAGGAGGAGAAAUGUCCAAACAAGAAAACAGACUUUGGUAGCCCGUGGUCACUGCUUUAUAACCACUCCAAGUGUUUUGACCCCUGUUAUUCCAGCAUCCCUUUGCUCCUAUUAUCUCCUUAUUUUUGUUUUCUCCUGUCUGCAGCUGUAUGGAAAUGACUCAGAAGGAAAAAAAAUGAAAUGUGAAAUGUUAAUAGGUGUAUUAUUCCCCUUCUGCACAGGGAAGAUGAAUCAAAUAAGCAAUUGGAAUAUAGGCUGUUAGGUUGUCUCUUUUUUAAUCCUUAACUCUGGUUCUGCUUGUUCUCUGUUAGAAUGCUAAAGGAGAAAUGAAAGGGUUGAUGAUGAUGCUGAGAGUUUAAUUGGAAAGUGAUGGAAUGUUGAAAGAAACUGCAUUUAUAUUUUUAGUGUCUUUGUAGAUGCAAACAGAGAAGAAGAAAAAGCAGCUGUUUUAUGUGAAAAUGAAAAAAAUGUGGCUAUCUUAUCAAUGAUUGAAGGAAAUGCACAGGUGUACUCAGUGGGAAAACUGAGUAAUUCUUGGAAGAGGAACAAAGUCUUCUGAACCUUGUUUUAAAUCUCCAGCCUUAGAAGCCGUGUUGACAAAAUAAGUUAUCUUAAUUCAUGAGUCUACGUCUUGAUGAGAAUGAAUUCAUUCAAGUGCAGCCACUGAUCACGAGAUGUUACCACGAAAUCUACCUCAGACUUCACUUUUGCUCAUUCAUUUGCUGCAUCAUAGAUCUCAACAGGAGCUCUGCAGACACUCUUGAAAGCCUCUGAACAGACUGUGACAUCAAGUCAAAGCAUGAUGACCUAAUAGUAGGUCAAAGUCUGAAACAUUGAUUCAGCAGUCCAAGAUAACACUGCCUCUUUUUAUCGGUAUCACUUCUGAAGGCUACAGACCUCCUGCUGUUUCUUCCCUGCUUACUUCAGAAACAUUCAACUGACCUUUCUCUGGUGAAACGAUCUUGACUUUUCUCUCUGGUCCUGGAAAUAUUAAUGGAAUACAGUCAUGUCUACCCAGGACGAGAGGCAGAUAAAUACCGAGUAUGCUGUAUCCUUGCUGGAGCAGUUAAAAUUCUUUUAUGAACAGCAGUUGCUAACUGACAUAGUGUUGAUUGUUGAGGGCACUGAAUUUCCCUGCCAUAAGAUGGUUCUUGCAACGUGCAGCUCGUAUUUCAGAGCCAUGUUCAUGAGUGGGCUAAGUGAAAGUAAACAGACACAUGUACACCUGAGGAAUGUGGAUGCAGCCACUUUACAAAUUAUCAUAACUUAUGCAUACACGGGUAACUUGGCAAUAAGCGACAGCACAGUAGAACAGCUUUAUGAAACUGCCUGCUUCUUACAGGUAGAUGAUGUGUUACAACGGUGUAGAGAAUACUUAAUCAAAAAAAUUAAUGCAGAAAAUUGUGUGCGUCUAUUAAGUUUUGCUGAUCUCUUCAGCUGUGAAGAGUUAAAACAGAGUGCUAAAAGAAUGGUAGAGCACAAGUUCACAGCUGUGUACCACCAGGAGGCUUUCAUGCAACUGUCACAUGAUCUACUGAUAGAUAUUUUAAGCAGCGACAAUUUAAAUGUGGAAAAGGAGGAGACAGUUCGUGAAGCUGCUAUGUUAUGGCUGGAGUACAACACAGAAUCACGAUCGCAGUAUUUGUCCUCUGUUCUUAGCCAAAUCCGAAUUGAUGCACUUUCAGAAGUAACCCAGAGAGCCUGGUUUCAAGGCUUGCCACCUAAUGAUAAAUCAGUGGUGGUGCAAGGAUUGUACAAAUCGAUGCCCAAAUUUUUCAAACCCAGACUUGGUAUGACAAAAGAGGAGAUGAUGAUAUUCAUUGAAGCUGCUGCUGAAAACCCUGGUAGUCUUUAUUCUUCUGUUUGUUAUAGCCCCCAGGCAGAAAAAGUUUACAAACUCUGCAACCCUCCUGCUGACUUGCAUAAGGUUGGGACGCUUGUAACUCCUGAUAAUGACAUCUAUAUAGCAGGCGGGCAAGUUCCUCUGAAAAACACGAAAACCAAUCACAGUAAAAGCAGCAAACUCCAGGCUGCCUUCAGAACUGUGAAUUGCUUUUACUGGUUUGAUGCACAGCAAAACACUUGGUUUCCAAAGACACCGAUGCUCUUUGUUCGUAUAAAGCCAUCCCUGGUCUGCUGUGAAGGAUACAUCUAUGCAAUCGGAGGAGAUAGCGUUGGUGGAGAACUCAACAGGAGAACUGUGGAGAGAUACGAUACUGAGAAAGAUGAGUGGACCAUGGUAAGCCCGUUGCCUUGCGCGUGGCAAUGGAGCACGGCAGUAGCAGUUCACAACUGCAUUUAUGUAAUGGCACACAACUUGAUGUACUGUUAUUUUCCCAGGUCAGAUGCUUGGGUAGAAAUGGCUAUGCGACAAACAAGUAGAUGUUUUGCUUCAGCUGCUGCUUUUGGUGAUAAAAUAUUCUAUAUCGGAGGACUGCAUAUUGCCAGCAAUUCUGGUAUAAGACUCCCGAGCAGUACUGUAGAUGGGUCUUCUGUAACUGUGGAAAUCUAUGAUGUGAAUAAAAACGAAUGGAGAAUGGCAGCCAAUAUCCCUGCCAAGCGGUAUUCUGACCCAUGCGUUAGAGCCGUUGUCAUCUCUAAUUCUUUAUGUGUCUUUAUACGAGAAACCCACAUGAACGAGAGAGCAAAGUAUGCCACCUAUCAAUAUGACCUGGAACUCGAUCGCUGGUUUCUUAGACAGCACAUAUCGGAACGUGUGCUGUGGGACUUGGGGAAAGACUUCCGGUGCACUGUAGGAAAGCUGUAUCCAUCUUGCCUUGAAGAGUCCCCAUGGAAACCUCCAACAUAUCUCUUCUCACCAGAUGGAGCUGAUGAAUUUGAGCUGGAUGGGGAGAUGGUUACUCUACCACCCGUAUAGCUCCCAAAUGAGACUGCACAACUGAUUCUGUGCUCAGUUACCUUGAAAUAAAUAGUUGUGAAAGAACAGGUCUGGAAACAGAAAUGUCAAACCUGUCUCUCAUGAAUUGUAUUUUUAUGCCCUACCUAACACUUGCCGCCAUUCAGUAUGAAUCAGUGAAAUGAGCAGAUAGGCUUCCAUAAUCUGAAAUACUAUUAUCUGAUAAUUGAGAAACAUAUAUGUAUAUCAUGAGCUUAAGCAUCUGACUUGUCUAAAGAAUUAAUUUCUAGCUCUAUGAAGUCUCAGUUCAGGAAAAUUAGCUUCAGAAAAAAAGUAGUUACUGUUUCUAGGAUGAUGUCACAACUCUUUUGAAAGUAUCUUCCAGUUAUAUUUGAUCUACUUCUGGAUAGUCUACUUAAGCGCUAGUUAUAUAAUUGUCAGUGUGGCCCACUUAAAGGACUGUGCUGCACUUACUUAAUACUAAUAUCCAUGUUGGUAUAGUAAUGCCAUUAAAAGAAAAAGAAACAAAUCCCAUGGAUCUACCUGUGGUAGGAAGGGUAGAUCUUCCAUUGUAUGGUAACAUGCAGGGCAAAGCGACUGCAGGUUCAGUCAAGCUGUAUUAUUAGGUGCAUGUAUUCUAUUUUCACUAACUUAUACCUGUCUAUUUAGAAUACAGGUCUUCCAAGCAGCUGGUAGUUUACCAGGUGUGGACUUAAGUUGCUGGGCUUGCAAUAGGAAUUGUCAGCCCUCAUAGUGCGGGUCUAUGUGGAGCUUUAAUCAGUAAAUGUCUCCACAUUCUGUAUUACAGUAACAUUGGCUCAUGUAUAUUACUUCCUGCUGCUGAUGUAUUUUUCCAUUGUAAAACAAAGUUUUAGUGUGGAUUAACCAGGUCUUUAUUUUCUGUUAAUUUAAUAACAAGCAUUACUGUAGUGUGAUUGUGUAUAGAUAUCCCUUAGCUAUCAGGUUUUUUACUUUGGGGGGGCGGGA